UAAUCCCAGCAUUCGGGAGGCAGAGGCAGGCGGAUCUCUGAGUUCAAGACCGGCCUGGGCUACAAAGCAAGUUCCAGAACAACCAGGACCACAAAGAGAAACCCUGUCUUGAAAAACUAACUAACUAAAUAAACACACACACACAUACACAUAUGUAUGUAUGUAUAUGUAUGUAUGAACACAUACACAUACAUAAUUUUUUUAUGUAUAAACAUAUAUAUAAAAUGACAAGAUAAUCAACUAUUUCUGAUGGCAUGUAUAUUAGUAAGUUUUAUGGUUAGAUAAGGGGAAAUAAAUAAUUAUAAAGGGGCCGAGACUCAGUGGUAGGGUGCUUGUAUAACAUGCACACACAAAGUGUAAAAUUAAAAUAGAAUAGACAUUUUCUAGAUCUGAUAUAAACCUGGUUGAGGGGAGGUAAGAAAAUCAACUGAAAUAAAAUAAGGAAACCAGUAAAAAAAACCUAGAAAGGAAAAUUAUUUUCAGUCAAUAAUUAGAUAGGACAGUAGGAAAGCCAAUGCAGGUUCCACAGGCCACCAGAAAGUUGAACGAGCUUUAGGCAUGCGCAGAAGAUGCUUGCUGGAUGGUCUCAGUGCAAUGACGCAUCCAGUGGCGCGUCUUAGUGACGUGUGCAGUGACGAGUCCUACGCAUGCGCAUGCGUCUGCCCGGAAACAGCACUUAACGCCUCAGACGACGGCCAGCUCUUCUCCGAAGCGCACGCUUUUCGUCGAGCUCUCGGCCAUCUCCCAUCUGCUUGCUACCCAGUCCUGCUACGUGGGUCUCAGCCAUGGCCUCAGAGAAUCUUCUCUGUAUCACCACAGAAAAUGCAGAGAUUCCCGCUGAUUUUGUAGACCUGGAGCCACUUAAUGUCGAAGCAGUUUCUGUGAAAACCAGCUCAUUCCCAACCAUCGAAGUGUAUGAAGACGCGGGUGUCGAUUGGGCGCAUGGUGGCCACUACUACUCUCCUUUUAGUGCUCUGCAGCCUCUUGACGGCAGCACCCUGAGUAAUGGGGAGCACGAUCAGGAUAUGACCAUCAUCGAAACACGAGGGGAGGUGGUGGACUUCCAGGACUCAGACAACCUGCUAUUCAGUGCUGAAUUCGAAAGCCAAAUGGUUGUUCCAGGUAUUGGUGAAGAUGACUAUCUCCAGCCGACCAAUGCCUCCUUGUCAGGUUUCGCGGCGGCAGAGAAUGGUCAAGGUGAGCUCAGCUGCUAUGAAGGGAAUCUCUGUAGUUUGACGACCAUUAUCGAGGCUGGCGUAGAAGGUGUGAGCCCUGACCUGGGCGACAAACAAUGGCAGCAGAAGCAGGUGGAAAUUGAAACUCUUGAGGGAGAAUUACCCUCCACCGUGUGCGAGGCUAAUGGACAAAAAAAUCCCGUGCCGAAAAGGCAGGCUGACGACGACUCGCCUCCUGAUUACUCUGAGUAUAUGACGGGAAAAAAAUUUCCUCCUGAAGGAAUACCUGGCAUUGACCUGUCUGAUCCCAAACAGCUGGCACAAUUUACAAGCAUGAAACCCAAAAAGCCCAAAGGAGACUAUCCAAGACCUAUACUUUGCUCUCAUAUAGGCUGCGGGAAGAUGUUCAAGGAUAACUCCGCUAUGAAAAAGCACUUAAACAUCCAUGGGCCUCGAGUGCAUGUCUGUACAGAAUGUGGCAAAGCAUUUGCUGAGAGUUCGAAGCUGAAACGUCAUCACCUGGUUCACACUGGAGAGAAGCCCUACCAGUGUACCUUUGAAGGCUGUGGAAGACGCUUUUCCCUGGAUUUCAAUCUGCGCACUCAUGUCCGAAUUCAUACUGGAGACAAGCCGUUUGUGUGCCCAUUUGAUGGCUGCAACAGGAAGUUUGCUCAGGCGACCAACUUGAAAUCACAUCUCUUAACACAUGUUAAGAACAAGUAAAAAGAAGUGAGAAGAUCCUUCUGAAGCCUGGGAAGUAUUUUACAGUGAUGUGCCUGGGAAUAAUAUGCCUCUCAUUUCAAUAGUUUCUAGGAAAGUUAUUGCAAAUAAAUUCUACAGAUCUGAGGUUUAUCUUUUGAUAACAAUAAAAGUUAAAAGUUCUAUGUUGAUUAGAUGCCCUAUUUGUGCUGCAGUGAGUUUUGUUAAGUUUGGUUUCAACAGGAUAGACUAACCUCACAUUGAUGCCAUGUGUUGUGUACUAAUAUACUUUUCGAAGCUUGGUUUCAACAAGAGACUAAUUCACGAACCUCAUAUUGUUGCUAAAGAUGACCUAUUUUUUUUUAAUUUAUUUAUUAAAGAUUUCUGCCUCCUCCCCGCCACCGCCUCCCAUUUCCCUCCCCCUCCCCCAAUCAAGUCUUCCUCCCUCCUCAGCCCUAAGAGCAAGCAGGUUUUCCUGCCCUGUGGGAGGUCCAAGGACCACCCACCUCCAUCCAGGUCUAUUAAGGUGAGCAUCCAAACUACCUGGGCUCCCACAAAGCCAUUACGUGCAAUAGGAUCAAGAACCCAUUGCCAUUAUUCUUCAGUUCUCAGUAGUCCUCUUUGUCCGUUAUGUUCAGCGAGACCGGUUUUGUCCCAUGCUUUUUCAGACCCCGGCCAGCUGGCCUUGGUGAGUUCCCGAUAGAACAUCCCCAUUGCCUCAGUGUGUGGGUGCACCCCUCGCGGUCCUGAGUUCCUUGCUCGUGCUCUCUCUCCUUCUGCUCCUCCUUUGGAUCGUGAGACUUCAGUCCAGUGCUCCAAUGUUGGUCUCUGUCUCUGUCUUCUUUCAUCGCCUGAUGAAGGUUAAUAUUCAGGAGGAUGCUUAUAUGUUUUUCUUUGGGUUCACCUUCUUAUUUAGCUUCUCUAGGGACCUAUGUUUUUUUUUUGCUGGAGUUUUUGGUUUCAAUAGAAGACUAAAUAAUCAACUUCAUAUUGCUAAAAUAUCCUAUCUUCUGCAGUAGUAUUUUUAUGAAACUGGUUUCAACAAGAUACUAAUUCACAAACUAGAUAUGCUAAAGUGACCGGUUUUAGUCCGCAGUGGUGUUUUUAUGAAACUCGCUUUCAAUAGGAGACUAACUCAUGAACCACUUUGUUUCUAAAGAUGGCCUAUGUUAUUUUGCUUUAAAGUGUUUAGAGAAGCUUGAUUUCAACAUAGAAUAAAUCAUAAACCUCAUUGUUGCUAAAAUGCUCUGUGUUUUCUGCAAGGUGAUUUUUUUUUUCUUUUUGCGUUUUGGUUUCAACAGGACGCUACAUCAUAAACCUCAUAUUGCUAAGGUAUCCUGUCUUCCUCUGAUGUGUUUUUAUAAAGUUUGAACAAGAGACGGUUUCAUAUGCAAAAAUGACUGCUUUAUUCUGUGGUGGUGUUUUUAUGAAACUUGCUAAUUCAUGAUCCUCAUAUUGCUAAGGUGUCCUGUAUUCUACAGCAGUGUUAUUUGUAAAGUUGGUUUUGACAGGAUAAUAAUUCAUGAACCUCACAACAUAUGCCCUGUUUUGUUCUGCAGUGGUGUUUUUGUGAAGUUUGGUUUCAACAGGCAACUAAUUCACAAGCCCCAUAUUCUCGAUAAGUGGCCUGUCUUAUUUUGCAAUCGUGCUUUUGUGAAGUUUGGUUUUGGCAGGAGAAUCACACAUGAAAUUCCUGUCAAAUUACAUUUCUUUAUACAACUGUGUUAAAAAUGGGACUUUUGCAUUCUUAUGAAUAUGAAGUUUACUUACUAAUAUUUUUUAAUUGUGUGUUCUAAUUGCUCAUGUUUACUUUUAGGAAGAAUAUGCUUAGUAAUUGUAUAUAUGUUUUCUGUGGAGUUGAUGUUUGUAAAAUAUAGUCUUUAAAGCAUGGGCAGUUUUGUACAUACAUAUUCUGUUAAAGAAAUGUUAUAGGUUUGUUUGUUGUCUUAAUUUUGGCAGUAUUCCUUGAUGUCAAGACAUUUUUUGUAAAUUUCUUUUAGCUGUAUUAUACAGUGUAGAAUAUUAGAUGAUUUAAUCAUAUUAGCCAAUUUAAGCACCUUUUAAUCACUUUAUGCCUUCCCCUCAUACUGCCUAAGGUGCUGUUGUUGAGUAUAAUUUCUUUGUCUGAUCAAUUAAGAAUAGUGUUUGAUUUAAUAAUAUUUUGUCUUCAAAUUGAUUUCAUGUUUGGUGUGUACUUUUGUGUGAUAGAAAAAGCAAAAAUAAAAUAACUGUUUGGAGCAUUAAAAACAGCUUGCGUGUGUGAAUACAUUA